AUGUUACAACUCUCAACCGCCCUUGGAACAAAAUCAUCAAAACUAAUAGGUUUUUCUACCCAUCUCAUCCACCGAGAUUCAUUUGAAUCGCCAUUGUACGAUUCAUCGAUCAACCAAAGUGAGCUUGUAGAAAGAGUCAUCCUUCGCUCUAGUUCCCGAUUAUCCUAUCUUAAGUCUCUUUUACAACUCCCAAACAAUGACACGGAGGAAAUUUCUUCCAUAGACUCAAGAAUUGAGGGAAUUAGUGGGGAUUAUCUCAUGGAGAUUUCAAUCGGCACACCACCCGUCAUGCAAUGGGCAGUUCUUGACUUCGCCAGCGACAUCCUUCGGGGAACUGGCUCGGAAACUUUUAAAUUGGGAAACACUUACCUCCCAGAAAUGGUUUAUGGGUGCUCAAAUAACAACGAUGGCUUGUUCAAAAAAACCAAUGCUGGCGUUGUUGGUCUUGGGAAUGGGCCAAACUCAUUAAUUAGUCGGCUCCACCGUAGCAUCCCGCGUAAAUUCUCGUAUUGCCUAACCGAUGCUUCUAAGGGAAAUGCAAAAAGCAAGAUAGAUAUCGGAGCUAACGCAAUCGUGUCUAGCCGCAAUUCGAUCUCUACACCUUUGGUCUUAAUGAAGCCUCCAGACUUCUAUUACAUCACAUUGAAAGCAAUCAGCAUUCAAAAUAUGAGAUUACCCAUCACUGGAGUAACUAAAAUAUCAUUGAAAGGUAACAAGUAG